UCCCAGCAACAAUAUCGACAGUCGCGAGACGAACGGCGACGACAGCGUCGGGCUAGCGAUCGCUACAAAGCGGCUCACGCCAGUCGCGAGCGGCUAAGAGUGGAAGCCUUCAACUCAGCUUUCAACAAUUUGCGACUGCUGCUUCCAACGCUACCGCCUGAUAAAAAGUUAUCAAAAAUUGAAGUUCUAAGACUCGCUAUUUGCUACAUCAGUUAUCUGGGGCAUGUUCUUGAA